CAAAUAUAAAACCAACCCUUGCAAUAAAGCCUGCUACACUCACCCUACAGCUCCAUCAUCUUCAUAGACUGACUGGCUGACUGAGUAGGGCAUUAAAUCCACUGUUGAAGGAAAAGAGAAUUUUACGAAAAGCGUACAAUACAGCUAAUUUUAUUUACCACCACCGUAGUUACAGAUUUCCUAAAAUCCAGUUCAGUUCCCAGUUCACAUUUAAAUGGAGUUGCCUGUAGUCAGUGAUAGUGUCCAUCUGGCUGCAUAUAGACCCAGAGUUCCCGUGUCAGUCAAUGGGAAGACAACGCCUGGAAGCUUUGAUGAGUCUCGUUACUAUCAGUGUUAUGAUGAUGGGAACAGUGUAACAUCCCAUGGAUCUGAUGCACUAACUGGCUAUGAGACUCUGGAUGCACCGCCGCACUAUGACUUCUAUGCCAACACAGAGGUCUGGGGCAGACGUAGACGCUUCAGGCCAUCUCUGUUACAACUGCACGCCAACCCAGAGGAUGACUCUAAACCUCCCAUGUAUGAGGAGACGACAGAUGGACAAGCGGGAGGAGGAGACAGUUCUGAGGAAGACACAGAUGAGCAAAAGGAGCCACCGCCUGAGCCAACUCGCUUCGGCUGGGUGCAGGGAGUGAUGAUACGCUGCAUGUUAAAUAUCUGGGGGGUGAUCCUGUACCUGAGACUGCCUUGGAUUACAGGUCAAGCCGGUAUAGGUAUGACCUGGGUCAUCAUCCUGCUGUCCUCUUGUAUUACUGGAAUCACAGGUCUCUCCACUUCAGCCAUCGCUACCAAUGGCAAAGUCAAAGGAGGUGGAACCUACUUCUUAAUCAGCCGUAGCUUGGGUCCAGAACUGGGUGGAUCAAUCGGUCUAAUCUUUGCCUUUGCCAAUGCUGUAGCUGUGGCCAUGCACACCGUGGGCUUUGCUGAGACUGUAGUAGACCUCAUGCGUGAGAACAAUGCUGUCAUGGUUGACCGCACAAAUGACAUUCGCAUCAUUGGUGUCAUAACUGUCACCUGUCUACUGGGCAUCUCCAUGGCUGGCAUGGCAUGGGAAUCCAAGGCUCAGAUUCUCUUCUUCCUGGUGAUCAUGGUGUCGUUUGCUAGUUACAUUGUUGGAACAAUUAUCCCUUCAACGCCAGAGAAGCAGUCCAAGGGUUUCUUCAGCUACAAAGCAUCCAUAUUUGCCAGCAAUUUUGUGCCCGGCUGGCGGGGGAAAGAAGGCAGCUUCUUCGGCAUGUUCUCUAUUUUCUUUCCCUCGGCCACAGGCAUCUUGGCAGGAGCUAACAUCUCAGGAGAUCUGAAGAAUCCAACCGUGGCCAUUCCCAGAGGAACACUUAUGGCUAUAUUUUGGACAACCAUGUCGUACCUCAUCAUCUCUGCCACCAUAGGGUCCUGUGUGGUACGCGACGCGUCAGGUAAUAUCAAUGACACCCUCUCUCCUGGCACACCCGUGGAGAAUUGCAUUGGAACAGCUUGUCAGUAUAACUGGGACUUCAGCGAGUGCAUCAAGAAUGGCACGUGCUCCUACGGCCUCCUCAACUACUAUCAGUCGAUGAGCAUGGUUUCUGCCUUUGCCCCUCUCAUCACUGCUGGGAUAUUUGGAGCAACUCUGUCCUCUGCAUUGGCCUGUUUGGUGUCUGCUCCAAAGGUCUUCCAGUGCCUGUGCAAAGACAAACUCUACCCUCUCAUUGGAUUCUUUGGCAAAGAUUAUGGCAAAAACAACGAACCAAUCAGAGGCUACCUGCUGACUUAUGUUAUCGCUGCCUGCUUUAUUCUCAUUGCUGAGCUCAACACUAUCGCCCCCAUCAUUUCCAACUUCUUCUUGUGCUCUUACUCUCUUAUCAACUUCAGCUGCUUCCAUGCAUCCAUCACCAAUUCACCAGGCUGGCGUCCAUCCUUCAGGUUCUACAGUAAGUGGUUGUCAUUGCUGGGUGCCGUGUGCUGUGUGGUCAUCAUGUUCCUGCUGACGUGGUGGGCGGCCCUCAUUGCCUUCGGUGUUGUCUUCUUCCUUCUGGGAUACACACUUUACAAAAGGCCUGAGGUCAACUGGGGUUCGUCUGUGCAGGCCAGUUCCUACAACAUUGCACUGAAUCAGUGUGUUGGCCUCAACACUGUGGAGGACCACGUAAAGAACUACAGACCACAGUGCCUGGUGUUAACAGGUUCUCCCAGCAGUCGCCCAGCUCUGGUGGAUCUCAUCAGCUGCUUCACCAAAGGCCUAAGUCUCAUGUUGUGCGCCAAUGUAGUCACUGAUGGUUCCUCCUUAACAACAGUGCAGAGGGCAACCAGUAGCGGUCAUGUUGCCUGGUUAAACAAACGAAAGAUCAAGUCAUUCUACAGAGGAGUUGUGGCCUCAGACCUGCGAUCAGGAGUCAAUAUGCUGCUACAGGGGUCAGGUUUGGGUAGAAUCAAGCCUAAUGUUCUCAUGAUGGGUUUCAAGAGGGACUGGCGCAGCAGCACACCCCAGGCUGCACACAACUACAUUGAAAUAUUGCAUGAUGCUUUUGACCUGCAGUAUGGGGUGUGUGUGCUGAGAAUGAAGGAGGGACUGGAAGCCAUACGUCCAUAUCAGCCACACGUCAAUCCAGCAUUUGAUGCAGGAACAGAGAACAUUGGCAGCACCUCUUCCAACAUUCAAACAAGUAUAUCAUCUUCUAUUUCCAUCGAUCCAGAGCCUCAACCAAACACAGUGUUUCAGACAAAGCAAGGAAAGAAGACCAUUGAUGUUUAUUGGCUGUGUGAUGAUGGAGGUCUGACCCUGCUACUGCCCUACCUUCUGACCCGUCGGAAGCGCUGGAGCAAAUGUAAGGUCCGUGUGUUUGUUGGAGGAGAGUCGGACAAGAAAGAGCAGCAGAAAGAAGAGGUACUGGCACUGAUAAAGAAGUUCCGUCUUGGUUUUCAUAACGUUGAGGUGCUUCCUGACAUUUACCAAAACCCCCAGCCCACAAAUGUUCACCAGUUUGAGAGUAUGGUGGGCCGCUUCAGGCUGGAGGCAAACCCCAAGCAGGAUUCUGAUUCUGGGACAGCAAGACAGGAGGAACCCUGGAUGAUCACUGAGCAGGAUUUAGACAAGAACAUGGCCAAGUCACUUCGUCAGAUCCGUCUUAACGAAGUUCUGCAGGACUAUUCCAGAGAAGCUGCUCUGAUCGUUAUCACCAUGCCUGUUGGGAGAAGAGGCGCAUGUCCGAACAUACUCUACCUGGCAUGGCUGGACUUCUUGUCACGUGAUCUGAGACCUCCAGUCCUAAUGGUCAGAGGAAAUCAGGAAAAUGUUCUCACCUUCUAUUGCCAGUGAAAUGUUUUCAUAACUCUAUUAAAAUAGAAUGUAGUGAGCUAUUACCCUGACAUAUAUAUCUAUAUCAUAUACCUAAUCACCUAAUCCUUUAACCAGUGCAUUAGAAAUGUUGAUGCUAUUUUGUUUUCCUUUGUUUAAAAUCUGAAAAAAGUCAAUCAAAUAAGUAUUCUGGAAAAAAAUAAAGCUUUUAAAAAUAUUUUCCUUUAUUUAAUGUAUGAAACAUAUGAAAACAAUUUUUUUCUAUAGUUGUUGUUUCAAAAUAUUUGUAGUACAGUAAAAACUUAAGUGUGUGAUGCUUACUGUAUAUUUACCAACCAGCUCCACCCUUAAUUAUUAAGCUGUAGGCUGUAUACAGCAUAUUUAUUCAUGUUACUCAUAGGCAAUUGUAUUGUUUAUUUUUAAGUGUACUAUAAAACUGUUAAGUGAUAAUUUAUAUUUUCAAAAAAUACUGAAUAAAAAGUGUAAACAGCA